AUGCACGCAAUGGCGUUGUGGGGCGGCGGGGAGGCCGAGCCGUUCCCGUCCGUGGACAAGUGCGACGCGUCCCGCCUCGGCCGGGGCUCCACGGUCGUGGCGGACCUGGACGGCGCGCUGCUCCGGUCCCCGGACUCCUUCCCCUACUACGCGCUCGUCGCCUUCGAGACGGGCGGCGCGGCGCGCCUGGCGCUCCUCCUCCUCCUGUCACCGCUGGCCGCGGCGCUGCGCCGCGCGGUGUCCGAGUCCGCGGGGACGCGGGUGCUGGUGUUCGCGGCCACGGCGGGCGCGCGCGUGACCGACGUCGAGUCCGCGGCGCGCGCCGUGCUGCCCAGGUUCUACGCCACCGACGUGCACCCGGGCGCGUGGCGCGUCUUCUCCGCGUGCGGGGGACGGAGGCUGGUGCUCACCGACGCGCCGCGGGUCAUGGCCGAGCCGUUCCUCCGGGGGUACCUCGGCGCCGACGCCGUGGCGGGGACGGAGCUCGCGGCGUGGAGGGGACGCGCCACGGGGUGGGUGGACGCGCGCCGCGGUGGCGUGCUCGUCGGCGAGAGCAAGGCACAGGCGCUAAGGGAGAUGCUCGCUGCCGGGGAGAUGCCUGAUGAGGCCUACCUCGUGCCGCGGACGCCGGUGGAGGCCGUGCGCGCGGACAAGCUGCCGAAGCGGGUCGUCUUCCACGACGGCCGCCUGGUGCAGCGCCCGACCCCGCUCGUGGCCCUGCUCACCGUGCUGUGGUUCCCCGUCGGCCUCCUGCUCUCGCUCGUCCGCGUCGCCGCGGGGGUGCUCGUCCCGAUGCGGUGGCUCCACGUCGCGUUCCACGCGCUGGGCGUGCGCGUCGUCGUGCGGGGGGCGCCACCGCCGCCGCCGGCGGGCGAUGGGGCACACACGGGGGUGCUCUUCGCCUGCUGCCACCGCACACUCCUGGACGCCAUCUUCCUCUCCGUGGCGCUGGGCCGGCCCGUGGCCGCUGUCACCUACUCGCUGUCCCGCCUCUCGGAGUUCCUGUCCCCGAUCCGCACGGUGCGGCUCACCCGCGACCGCGCCGCCGACGCGGCCACCAUCAGGCGCGUGCUCGCCGAGGAGGGGGACCUCGCCAUCUGCCCCGAGGGGACCACGUGCCGGGAGCCGUUCCUGCUGCGGUUCUCGGCGCUCUUCGCCGAGCUCACCGACGACGUCGUGCCGGUGGCGGUGGAGUGCCGGAUGAGCAUGUUCCACGGCACCACGGCGACGGGGUGGAAGGGGAUGGACCCCUUCUACUUGUUCAUGAACCCGAGCCCCGUGUACACGGUCACGUUCCUCGACAGGCUGCCGCCCGAGCUCACCUGCGGCGGCGGGGGCAAGUCCAGCCACUGGGUAGCCAACUACGUGCAGAAGCUUAUAGCCUCCACGCUGUCGUACGAGUGCACCGGCCUCACCAGGAAGGACAAGUACAGGGAGCUAGCCGACAACGACGGCGUAGUCCCUGUAAACACCGACGAUGGUAGGAAGAAGCGCAUGGCUCGGUAA